AUGAAGGAGCCCUAUCUCUCUAUACGAGGGCCCCCUGCAGCCAGGGCCCCGAGUCGCCUCCGAGGAGUUCGCCCGAUUCGAGGGGUGAACGAGACCACGCCGCUACGAGACGUUCAGUCUUCCCACCACGUACACAGCAAGCGCUCCGAAAAUAACAGCUUCCCUUACUUUACCGCUGCCUGUCUGUGCGCCGGAAGUAGUGCCGGAGGUGAGGCCGGACGUUUCCGGUUGUGGAGGCGCAGGCGCAAGCGCAGAGUCGGACUCGGAGCAGCGGCGCGGCACUUGAAGCUGAGGUAUGUGUCUCUUCAGGACCAGAGGUUCCACACUGCUGUGAGAUGUCCCAGGAGCCGGACGGGCACCGAGCACCUGUGGCUAAUGAGGCACUUGAAGGACCCAUUUGUGAAGGCGGCAAAGAUGGAGAGUUAUCGGUGUCGGAGUGCCUUCAAGCUCCUGGAAGUUAACAAGAGGCACCAGAUUCUGCGGCCGGGCCUCCGGGUUCUGGACUGUGGGGCAGCACCCGGGGCCUGGAGUCAGGUAGCCAUACAGAGCGUCAACGCUAUGGGCACAGAUUCCAGCUUACCUGUUGGCUUCGUGCUUGGGGUUGAUCUUCUUCACAUCUCUCCCCUGGAAGGAGCGACUUUUCUCUGCCCAGCUGAUGUGACUGACCCCAGCACCUUCCAGAGGCUUCGGGAACUGCUUCCGGGACACAGGGCGGACGUGAUUCUGAGUGACAUGGCUCCCAAUGCCACUGGGAUCCACAGCCUGGACCAUGACAGGCUCAUUGGCCUCUGCUGGUCCCUGCUAGACUUGGCACCGCUCAUCUUGCCACCAGGGGGCACCUUCCUGUGUAAAACCUGGGCUGGAAGUCAAAGCCAUCGCCUGCAGAAGCGGCUGGCACAGGAAUUCCAGAGCACGAGAACUAUAAAGCCCAGCGCCAGCAGGAAGGAAUCAUCUGAGUUAUACCUAUUGGCCACACAGUACCGCAGAGAACAAGGGCCUGUGGAGGAAUGA